GUCACCUGUACUAAGAUGGCGUAUGACUACAAGAAUGUGUCCAUUUCCUGGUUUUGAAGACGUUAGUUUUCUUGUCGUGACCAUGUCAAUUCAAGUCGGUUUAAAUUUCUAACAAACCGUUGCAAAAAUGGAAGACUUUCCUGUAGCCUUGAUCAUCGCUAGCCGUGAAUCGGUUGGUCAAAACAACAAUGUAUUAUAUAGACUAGUUCGAACCCUGCCGGAUGGUUCAGGUGUAGAAUCUAUUGAUAGGCUUGUGAAUGUUGUCCCACACAGAAGGACAUACCGCAUGGAAAGGAAAAAAGAAAUAGAUGAUUUUCGACAUGAAAUUUUGCGCCGGCCUCUGAUUUUACAGCCUGUUCUACACUUUGGCAGAGGGCUAGGGCACAACUGUGGAGCUUGUUACAAUGAUGAGCCAUGGGUUGUCAUGGUGAACCAAACACAUCCCAAAGUUCUUAGCAGGCUACAAAUGGGGCUAGAUCUGGCCAAGGGAGCAAUAGACCGUGGACAAUCUGUGGAGAUUAGGUUUCAGUUUGGUGCCUUGAUUCAGAGAGUUUAUAGAGAGCACCUCCGUCAGAAGGAAAUGAAUGAGGCACUAGAGUCUUCUAGUGGACUUGAUGACUGUUUGUUACAUUUCCGCUAUGCUGAAUGGGACCACUGUGAUUUAGUUAUCCGUUACCAUGGUUAUGCUGCUACAUUCAAAAAGAAUAUGGGGAUGUUUGAAUUGCCUAACCUAGAGUUCUUGUGCAAGUUUGAAGAUAUAGGCAUGCAUGAGAUGGAGUGGAGUCAAUAUAAUGGUCAAAAAUUCCCCAAGCCGCACCUUGCUCCUGUAACUGAAGAUGAAAUCCGGGCCCUACUCCCACAGUGGACCAUCAACGGAGUCUCGCCCCUGACUGAUAUAGGUGAAGCUGUCCCUGAGCAUAACUACAGCUACGCUCAGGCUGGUCGACUGUAUGAGAGUUUUAGAAAGAAAAAACGUCAACGAAACCCUCCCAAUAGAGAGGCGGGGCCAAGCUCGGCCCACUACGACAGUCAGUCAGCUGAUCAGCAUGCGGAUGACUUGGAGCUGAAAGGAGCUGUCGGGUAUGACAGUAAUGUUCACCCUGAACAUUUGGAUGAUUAUGACUAUUCUGAUGGAUAUUACAAUCCAAGAAAUGAUCAGCAUGAUAUGGCUUAUGGGUAUGCAAAUGCUGCACAUAAGGUUGAUAGAUACUAUGAUUCUGGGGUUGAAGACGAGCAUUCGGUUGACUGGCAAAGACCAAGAGAGAAUAAACAAAGUGCUCCACCAAGGAGAAACCAACCCCAGAAACCUACACAGCCAGCUGUUACUGACAAAUAUGGACAUAUCAAUGCUAACGUGGAAAUUAAAGCACCAGAUAGAUAUCAGAACGUUGCCUCUGGGAAACUGGUCAACUCCCACUAUGAUCGGCCAUCACGGCCAGGUAUUAAUGGUGAUGACCAUAUGUAUGAAGUACCACUUAAGAAACAAGACAGCGACAGGUCAUCUCGCUCUACAAAUGCUGACAGCGGCUACAGUCCUGACACUGACGGUCAACGCUCUAGAGAAGAUUCGUAUGACUAUAAUGACCAAAGCUACAUGACCAGAUCUAAGCAUGACUUGGCCCCACUAAAGAACUAUGUUGACCCUCAUGUAGGGCUAGAAAAUCCUGCAUUUAGUCAUGAUAAUCAAGAUGCUUUGCAAAAACACAAGGAGUUUGUCGCCAAGAUGCGCCAACAGCAGAAUGGAGGUAAUCCACCUGUCAAACCAAAGAGAACAGUUCACAGCAACGGGCUGCAGUCACCAACUGUUUUAUCCCCAAAAGACUUGUUAAAUAUAGCUGAAAAAUCCAUGGCAUCGCAUGAUAAUUAUUCAGAUCAACACAAUAGAACAGGUAAAAUUGCUGAAAGUUUUAUAUAACAUUUAAGCAGUGUACUUUAACUAUGCCAUCUGGAGUUUGUUUCUUAAAAUUUAGUUUUCUUCUUGUUGGCAGCAGCAGGUUUAGAGUUCACAUGUGUACAAACAUCCUAAUUUACCUGGAAUUUUGUCUAUGCAGUUUUCAAAUUAUGCUUUAAGUAAAAGAAUUUUUUUAAGCUUAAAUAGGAUGAUGAUUAUG